UCAGCUGCCAACCGACAAAGACACGGCUGUCCUCUUGUCGAUACAUAAGACUGUGUGGGUUUAACUUUUCCAAAAGAAAAUUAUCGUUCCAAGUUUUUUUGUUUUUUUUUUCGUCAUUCAAGUUACGCCAUUUGAAAUUCCGGCAAAGUGUUGAGUCACUGGAUUUUUUUUUUUUCCUGUUUCGCUUCAGUUUUUCUUCUGGGUCGAGCUGAUUCAUUUUGCCUUCGUUGAGAAACAUUUUCGGGAGGGAUGCAGCAAUCGAUUGUUUUGCUGCUUCUCGCGCUGGCCGCCUUCGCCUCCGCAUCCAAUUCAACAGGAGGAUUCGAAACGACGGGAAGAUGCCCGACGAAAAUACGCGACCCGGACCGAUGCCCGCCCGCUUCCGACCGAACUGACGAGUGCACCACCGACCAGCAGUGCAACGGUGAAUCGAAAUGCUGUUCAGACGGAUGUCGGCGCGUGUGCGUCAUGCCACUUUUGACGUCUUGCGAACGGACGCGUGUCGAGACGGUGAAACGGGCCAGGGCGUUGCAGAUGGGCGACAACGACAUCGCCCUGCCCAGUUGCGACCCGCUCGGCGAUUACGAGACGGUCCAGUGCGACCCGCUCACCGGCAACUGUUUCUGCGUCGACGAGUCCGGUUUCGAAUUGGCCGGCACUCGCGCCCGCUCCCUCGAGCUGGUCAACUGUACCAAUCCGAAACCGUGCGCCGGACUCUUGUGCCGAAUGCUCUGCCCUUUCGAGUUCGAGCUGGACCAGGAGGGAUGCCCGCUCUGCCAAUGCCGCGACCCUUGCAGAGGCAUCAAAUGCCCCGGCUCUCAGACGUGCCAACUGGAGGAGAUGCCCUGCGCCAAAGAGCCGUGCCCGCCCGUGCCCACUUGUAAACAAGCGAGAAGUGUGGAGAACUUGUGCCCGGCCGGCGUGCCACUGACGAUGCCCACCGGCGAUCGACCGUUCCUUUGCGGCUUGCAAGUCGGUCAGCCCCAAUGCCCGCAGCUCUUCGAUUGCGUCGUUCAACCGGGUGCGGACUACGGUGUGUGUUGUAUGGCCGCCGAUCGCAUCAGCAAGCCGGGCACUUGCCCAGCUGUUGACGAACAGUCGAAUUCGACCGUGUGCGGCGUUCCGUGCGCCAACGACAUGGAAUGCCAAGGAGCGGACAAAUGCUGUCCGAGCGUGGACAGUUGCGGAGACAGCGGCCAUUGCGUCCCGCCCGUCAACUUCUCUCUUUGCCUGCAACAGCAACAGAUCGCCCAGCUGCUGAGUCUCACCGAGAGGGAAGGCAAAGGCUACAUCCCGCAAUGCGACCAAGACGGACUGAAAUUUGCCGUCCGUCAGUGCAGUCGAAACGGACUCGUUUGCUGGUGCGUCGACCCCGAACUGGGCACCAAAGUCAAAGGAUCAAUGGGACCGGCCCAGGACGUCGUCUGCGACGGACCAAGGUAUGCCAUUUUCACUUCACAUUGCCCAUCUCUCAAAUAACGAAAUUUGAAUUAAAAAAAAAAAAUAAAUUCAGCCAAUGUCGUGGCCCGGUCUUCGAGGUGCGGCUCGGCCGUCUGCAGUUCGACGUGCGACUACGGGUUCAAGACGGACGUUCACGGAUGCUCGACGUGCGAAUGCGACAACCCUUGCGAACAGCUGACCUGUCCGGAAGGUGAACAGUGUCUGAUGAAACGCGAUCCGUCGUGCUCUGCCGGCCUUAAGAAAUGCCCGAUGACGCCGCAAUGUCGGCGCAUUUUCGUCCCGCCCUGCGCCUUCGGCAAACACUUGACCAACGAAGCGACCGAAGAGCCGGCCAGCUGCACCGUCGGCACCAAAUUUGCAUGCCCUUCCGGUUACCAUUGCAGUUUCAGCGUGCCUAACAAUGCGUCCUUCUGUUGCCCGGCAGCUCCGUCUUCCGGCGGAUCUAAGCAAAAGAUUGCAAUCCCCGAAGAAGACGGGCGGCUCCCGUCCAUCUGCGAAAUGAUGAGAGACAUUGCCCAAGGGCGUAAACCGGCCGAGCCCGGCUACAAUCUCAUUUUGAAAAACCCUCGUUGCACGCCGCAGGGUGAAUUCGAGGAACAGCAGUGUGAUGAUGACGGACAGUGUUGGUGCGUGGACGAAUUCGGCGUCGAAUUGGCCGGCACACGCGGCUUAGCUUCUCAGAGGUCGGUUUCGAUGUGCGUGAAAUUGCGUCACGACACGGACAGCGAUUGCCCGGGCCUCCUCUGCCGCCUCGGCUGCGACUACGGCUUCGCCGUGGACAACACCACCAACUGCCCGCUGUGCGAGUGUCGCAAUCCUUGCGACGUCCUCAACUGCCCGCAAGGCCAGGAGUGCCAACUCGUCGUCUCGUCUUGUCCCGAAGCGCCAUUCUGUCCGGCCUUGCCAUUCUGCACGACCGUCCAGCGCAACAGGGAAGACACCGACAUCCAAGAGGAGCAGGUCGAAGAAGAAGAAUCGAUUACCGCUUGCCCGGUCGGAGAGCCUUUCCUCAAUCCGGCCGACAACAUGACGGUCCAGUGCAAUCCGCGCAGCCGGGCAUUGAGCUGCCCGGAGGGAUUCUCUUGUUACAGCGAGAACAACUCGGCCGAUGGCACUUGCUGCCCGAUCCAGCGUCAGUUAAAGGCCGGACAGUGCCCUUACCUGGUGCCCAUCUCUGUCGACAGCUGCGACAGCGAAUGUUCCGCCGAUGAAGACUGCGACGGCCAGCUGAAAUGCUGUUCCAACGGUUGCGGAACCCAAUGCGUCGAGCCGUUGAUCAAGACGGCCUGCCAGCACAUGCAGAUGAUCAUGAAGUACAAGGCCAGGGAGAAUGGAGUGCCGGCCAAUCGGUUAUUCAUCCCAAGAUGCCGGCCAGAUGACGGAGCUUUCGAGCCCGUCCAGUGCGAUCCGCUCACAAGGGCUUGUUGGUGCGUCUCGGCCGACGGGCGAGAACUGGCCGGAACUCGCGUUCCGCCCGGUCUUCAACCUCAAUGCCACGCUCCAAGAGGCUGCCCGGCUCUUGAAUGUCCAGAACUCGACUGUUCUGCCCACGGACACCAGCUGGACACGUCCGGCUGCCCGGUUUGCGCUUGUCGCGAUCCCUGCGACGGAGUCCAGUGCCGUUCAGAAGCUGAAGAAUGUCGCGUCGUCCAGGUCAACUGCAUCCGGGCACCUUGCCCGCCUCUGCCCGUCUGCCUACCCCGACUGGACAACCCCUGCUCUCACGGCCAACCGCUCAGGGAGCCGUUCACCAACACGACGAUCCACUGCGGACCGAUGGGUUCCAGUUGCCCGUCUACCCAUAAAUGCCAUCUGUCGCCGUUGGGCGAAUUCUCUGUUUGCUGCCCGAAACCCAGGGACGUCUGUUUCCAGGAGAAGUUGGUGGGAUCUUGCAAGGCGUCCGUCUUGCGUUACAGUUUCAACGAGAAACGGAACCGGUGCGAAGCGUUCCGCUACACGGGAUGCGCUGGAAACAUGAACAACUUUGAUUCGGAGCGCGAAUGCAAAACCGUCUGCCCCAGCUUGUCCAGCUGCGAGGAGUUGCGCGAGAAGAAUCUCAAAAUGGCCGAGAAAUUCAAGAAGGUCGUCUUCACUCCCAAAUGCAACCGGGCAAACGGCGACUGGGAGCCCGUCCAGUGUCUCGAAGAGGUCGGCAUCUGCUGGUGCGUCGACAAGGACGGCGAACACAUCAAAGGCUCGUUGACUCGUGGAUCGCCUACUUGCGGUGUCCGGCAGGCCCGCCAGCGAUCGAUGGACCCGCCCAUCUGCGCCGAUCCCACUGCCGUUGUCCAUGUUUGCAACAAGACCAUUUGUGAAAGUAAGAUUUGCUUGGCCGACCCCAAGGCCGUCUGUCGAGUCGAUCCUUGCGGUGGAUGCCGUCACGCUUUCUACGAUCCGUCCAGCGGCCGUCAAGUCGACUGCGAAACGGGUUUGAGCAAAUGCCAGAGAGAAGUGCAGACCAUCCUGAAUUCCGCUACCUGGGCCAAGCAAGGCGGUCCCUGGAACGCCCAGCCGCUCGUCGUUUCCACCUCCAGCACUUACCAGUACAACCUGGACGGCUAUUCCGCACCGGAAAGCGACGCCGAAGUUCUACCGGACGCUCUUCUCUCCUCCGUCACCGUUUACAGCAGCCGAUUGCGCCGCCAGGUGGAAGAAGAAGAAGAAGAACAAGCCACCGAAGUGGCCAUGCUGGACGCCAUGAUCGAAGCUGCGCCUUCGGAUCUGAUCGCGGCCAUGCUGAAGGAAGCCCAGGCUGAAGACAUCGAAGUGGCCAGCGCUACGGAGGCCUUCCUUAUCGAGGACACUACACCGCAAGAAACGAGAUCUGCCAAACUGCUGGCCAGGCCGGUGGACGAUGGUUUAUUGGAAGACGUGAAGAACGGCUUCGAAUCGCUGGACGAUGUGAAAGAGGAAGCCAUUCAACAACGGCCUUUGCCCGCUCUUCGCGAUGCCAUCAAACCCGGUUUCUGCCCGCCCGUCCGCUCCCGCACCUUUUUGCGCGUCCUCGCCCAGUUCGCCGGAGGAUCCGCUUGCGCCGAUCAGUGCAUCUCCGACGCCGAUUGCGCUGGACCGACCCGUUGUUGCCCGGGCGAGUGCGGAUCGUCUUGUACUCAUCCCGUUUUACUCCCUACACCUCUACUACCCAAACCGGGCGCUUGCCCAGCAGCCGCCCAUCCGUUCGGAUGCCCUGCCGACAUGAAGGCCGUCAAUGACUGCUCUUCCGAUGCCGAUUGUUCCGGACGGGCCAAAUGCUGCACCAAUGGAUGCAGUUCUACUUGCACCGCACCUGAAGAAAAGAGUUCUGGUCCGCUGAUGAUGUCCAUCUCUCCGCCCGUCUGUACGUUGAAAGGUGAUUACGCCCGAGAACAAAGUCAGGGCGAGUUCAGUUGGUGCGUGGACACCACUGGCCAGCCGAUCGAUGACUCGUUCACUCGCGGCUCGGUCCGUUGUUCGCCCAAUGGCACCGUCCUCGAACAACGAGCUUUGGGUCCCGUUUGCGCGGACCCCAGUGUCCAGCCCACCGUUUGCCGGGAUCAAUGCCUCCACGCGCGAUGCCCUUUCCAUCCGGACGCGCUUUGCGUGGCCGAUCCUUGCAAUAAUUGCAAGGUGUCUUUCAUCGAUCCGCAGAGCAACCAGCUCGAAUGCGUCGAUCGUUGCAGUCAGCCAGCCGAGACGGGCCACUGCCGGGCAUUGUUCCCUCGUUAUUUCUACAAUUCCUCAUCGAAAACCUGCCAAGAAUUCAUCUACGGCGGAUGCGAAGGCAACGAGAACAAUUUCGAGUCGGUCGAAGAGUGCAGCCAACACUGCGAGAAACCAGUGAACGUUUGCGACUUGCCCAUCGAAACCGGCAUGUGCCGGGCGGAUUUCCCCCGUUGGGGAUACAAUCCGGAGACUCAGCAAUGCGAGAAAUUCUCUUUCGGUGGAUGCGGAGGCAACGCCAACAACUUCCACAGUUACCAGCAGUGCGCCAGCCGUUGCCCGGACAUGGUCCUCUGUCCCCAACAGUCGCCGCUGGGCGAGAUGAGCUCCUGCAGCCGUAACGAGGCUUGCGCUGGAAAGACGUGCGCCAAUCAUCCGGACGCCGCGUGCUCUGUCGAUCCGUGCACUUGCACGCCCGUCUUCGUGGAUGCCCAGGGCAAGACGGUUGAUUGCAUCCCAGCGUCCAUGUUAGAAGUUGAGCCGCGUCACGCCAAAGAAUUAGAGGCAACCACGACAUCGACAUCGACGACAACCACCUCGACAACGACAACGGAAGCAACAACAACAACGACUACAAAAGCCACAACAACAACGACGACUACGAAAGCCCCAACGACGACAACGACGACUACAACAACGACGACGGCAGCGCCAUCACCAGUUCCCCGUGGCAAAUCACUAAACCAUCCGCAUUACACGCGAUGCCAGAAGAUGCGGCAAAAUCAAUUGAAGAAAGGCGGAGCUGGAGAAUUGAUUCCCGAAUGCGAUCAUCUCGGUCGAUUCCAACCGAUUCAAUGUCUUCCGGCCAAAUCGACCAAUGGCGGCCAUCCGAUCGUCAGCUGUUGGUGUGUCGACGAAGCCGGAAACCAGGUGGCCAACACAACUCAGUUCGUUCGAGGAGAACAAACCUGCCGUCUUGUUCCAGUCAUGGCGGUAGCGAUGACUCUCGGUUUCCCUGCCAUGGAUCACGCCCAAGAAGAAAUGGAGAAGGAAGUUCGCCAACAGGUCGGAGAGAUCCUCAACGGCUUGUCCGCUCGCACCAUGGAGUCGACACUUCAAGUGAAAUCGCGCCAGGAUGGAACUGUCCUCACUUUUACGUUGGUCGGUGACAACAAGAUCGACGUCGCCUCUCACCUCGAAGACAUGGUGAAAUCGGGACAUUUAGCCCUGGAAAUGGACGGUCACAGCAUGCCGGCCGAAAGCACGUCAUCGAAAUUCUACCACAAGUUGGAUUCGACUCUGAAAGUGGCAUCCAAAGCCGAGGUGGUGGAUCGAAGCCUGGAAACGCGAGAGAUCUUGGCCCAGGCGCUUGAUAUCGAAGCGCCUUACUUGGCCAUCAUCGUUGUGUUGUCCGUUCUGGCCAGCAUUCUCGUGUGCGGUCUCAUCAUCGGCCUUGUGCUCCAUCGUCGUCGCACUACUGGAACGUAUCCGAAAGAUUCCGGAUCGACUUUGGCGUCUCCACCCAAGCCGAACAAGCGCAAUGCGGAUAAAUCCGAUGUCGUGCCCAGAGGAUUCCCACGCGUUGGCAUCAAUCCAUCCGACGUCGUCCAGACGCCCCAGCUAUCUCCGACUGUGCCCAGAAGCAAACGGCAAACUCGCAAUGCUGAGGCUUGGUAAAUAUAAAAAAAAUUAAAUGAAAAUAAAGAAAAUGCAUGAAACCAAUGAAUCCCCAAUGGAUGGGGUAACAAGUCCUGGAUCGCGAGCUGUGCUCGAGUAUGGAACACCGCCGGACGAUUUGUACUAAUUCUUUUUUUUUUAUUAUUGCAAAACAAUGUAAAUAACUUUGAUAUCCCAAUGACAUGAAAAUUCUAACAAACGAUUUGAAGCUAUUUUUGAUACUUUUUUAUUUGUUCCAAUCUUUCCUCUCCCCUCCCCCAUUCUUCCGGAGCGAGUUCACUUAUUCUGGUUUAUGGGUGUGAUUGUAGGGCAUUACCUAUACCAACAAUUUAGGCUGGCCUCUAUUUAUAUACAAUGAAUUGAAUCUAUUCUUCCGGCUGUGCAUCGCACUCUCCCCUUUUUUUUGUUGUUGUUAUUUUUCAAAUUGUGCAAAAGGAAGAAUCGUCCUACACGCAUAAAAAUCUAAGAAAAUAGCAAAUACAUGUGAAAUGAAUAGA